AUGUGCGACCGCAACGGGGGGCGGCGGCUGCGGCAGUGGCUGAUCGAGCAGAUUGACAGUGAGCUCUACCCCGGGCUCAUCUGGGAGAACGAGGAGAAAACCAUGUUCCGCAUCCCGUGGAAACACGCCGGGAAGCAGGACUACAACCAGGAGGUGGAUGCUUCCAUCUUCAAGGCCUGGGCUGUUUUUAAAGGCAAGUUCAAAGAAGGUGACAAAGCAGAACCGGCCACCUGGAAGACACGGCUGCGCUGCGCCCUGAACAAGAGCCCUGACUUUGAGGAGGUGACAGACAGGUCCCAGCUGGACAUCUCUGAGCCCUACAAGGUCUACAGGAUUGUGCCAGAGGAGGAACAGAAAUGCAAAGCAGGGAUUGGCAAUGGGAGCAGCCUGAAUGACAUCACGGAGAUGGACUGCAGCUCCUCUGCCAUUGAUGACCUGAUUAAAGAGCCCCCCUGUGUUGAUGAGUACCUGGGGAUCAUCAAGAGAAGCCCCUCACCCCCCCAGGACACUUGCAGGAACCCCCCAAUACCCGACUGGUGGGUGCAGCAGCCCAGCCCUGCCCUGCCCCUGAUGAAUGGCUACCCUGGCUACGAGCAGCAUCAUUCAGGUUACUCCCAGAUGGUGAUCACCUUCUACUACGGGGGGAGGCUGGUGGGCCACGUCACCACCUCGUGCCCUGAGGGCUGCAGGAUCUCACUCAGCCAACCCUCCAGCCAUGGGGAGAAGCUCUAUGCUCCAGAUGCCCUGGAGCACGUGGGGUUCCCCUCAGCUGAUGCCAUCCAGAAUGACCGCCAGAAGCAGAUCACCAGGAAGCUCUUUGGGCACCUGGAGAGGGGUGUUCUGCUCCACAGCAACAAGCAGGGCAUCUUCAUCAAGAGGCUGUGCCAGGGCAGGGUCUUCUGGAGUGGGAACACCAUGGUCUACAAGGACAGGCCCAACAAACUGGACCGGGAUGAGGUGGUGAAGAUAUUUGACACCAACUUGUUCUUCAGAGAGCUGCAGCAGUUCUACAACAACCAGGGCCGCUUCCCAGAGAGCAGGGUCAUGCUGUGCUUUGGAGAGGAGUUCCCAGAUGCUCUUCCCCUGCGGAGCAAACUCAUCCUUGUCCAGGUGGAGCAGCUGUGUGUCAGGCAGGUGGUGGAUGAGGCUGGGAAGACCUGCAGCAGCAGCAGCCCCAUGCUCCCCAUAGCUGAUGAGACACAGCAUGACCAGGUGUACAGGAUCUUCCAGGACAUCUGCACGACACACCAGCGACCCCUCUUCAGAGAACACCAACAGAUUGCUGUCUGA